AUGCAGAUGUUCAUGUGGCUGCUUCUGCAGGGCAGGAUACAGUGCCGCUCUGUGCUGCACCGGAAAAAUGUGCUACCGGACUGUACCUGUGAGGUCUGCAAUGAGGAUGACGAAACACCGGAACACAUAAUCAGCGGCUGCAACCUUGGCAAGCAGUUCUGGGAGAAGCUUGGGGCAACAUCCAUGGUGGGAAUCAGUGUUACUAACAUACACACAACAACGCCACCAAAUGGGGUCCCCAGAGAGGAGUACUCGGCCUUCAUUGCGUUAGCAUGCUGGCAGCUGUGGAAGGCAAGAAAUGCAACAGUAUUCAGAGAAGAAAGGCACAACAUCACACAAGUAUUCGCAGCCUGCAAAGCAUCGGCAGAGCAAUGGCGAUACAGAUUUCCAAGAAGGAAAAGGCCAAUUGUUGAUCAGUGGUGUCAGUGGGCACCUGAAAACAUAUUAUCUCCUACCUCAGCACCGGUGGAUGAGGAAGAAAAGAAUGAAGUUGGCGAGCAUAUUGUUACUAAAGCUAUUGUAGAACAAACUGUGGAAGGAGUAAGCGCUGAAGACAUUGACCCAGAUAGGGUGGAGAACUUAAAUUUCAAGGCAACAGAUGAAUCUUUGAAGCAGCAUUUCAGUACAAAGCUAAAGAGUGGCAGUCUUAAAAGUGCAACGGUGAAGAAGCAUGUUAAGAAGGGCAAGAAUGUUUCAAUGGGAUUUGGUUUCGUGGAGUUUGACUCUGUUGAAACUGCAACCGGUGUGUGCAAGGAUCUACAGGGAACGGUUCUGGAUGGACAUGCUUUGAUCUUGCAACUGUGCCAUGGGAAGAAAGAUGGUCAAGCUGCAAAGAAGAAUGGCAAGGAUAAGAGUUCAACAAAACUGCUUGUGCGUAAUGUAGCAUUUGAAGCAACUGAGAAGGACUUGAGGCAGUUAUUUAGUCCGUUUGGCCAGAUCAAAAGCCUCAGGUUGCCUAUGAAGUUUGGAAGCCACAGAGGUUUUGCAUUUGUCGAAUAUGUCACGAAACAAGAGGCCCAGAAUGCUCUACAAGCCCUCGCAAGCACUCAUCUUUAUGGUCGACACCUGGUGAUUGAGCGAGCAAAUGAAGGAGAGACUCUUGAAGAACUGCGAGCAAGAACUGCUGCACAGUUUGUGGAUGAACACAGCGGUUUUCAGAGCUUGUCCAGAAAGAGGAAACAGAGCAGCCUUGUGGACGAAGGCUCUGUUAAAAUUUCCGGAAUAGUAGAGUGA